CUAACUGGGUGGUACGUAAAUGGGGUCAAGGUCACACAUGCCUAAAUCAAGGCCUAGCACAGGAUCAUAGACAGUUGGAUUCAAAUGUCAUUUGUGCGGCUAUAAUGAGUAUGUAUUCCACUGUUUAUUUAAUGAUUCAGAUUAAUUGAGAAUAUGGUAAAGUUAAUUUUUUUUUCCAGAUAUGUUAAAGGAAGAUCCAUCCACAAGACCAGCUCUGAUACAGGAGAGGAUACAGGGAACAUAUGGAUACAACAUAACGUACAGGAAGGCCUGGAAGGCAAAAAUGAAGGCCAUCGUUAAGUUGUUUGGUGACUGGGAGAAAUCGUACGCAUUCUUGCCAAAUUGGCUGAAGUAUAUGACGGAGGUGAAUGUGGGUUCUGUGUUCAAACUUGAUACAAAUCAAUGUUUUGAUGAACGUCGGGUUUAUACAGACAGGGCCGUAUUUCAAAGGGUUUUUUGGACAUUUCACCAAUGCAUUGAAGCAUUCAAACACUGCAAGCCUAUAAUUCAAAUUGACGGCACUCAUCUGUAUGGGAAGUACAGAGGUACUCUAUUGAUUGCAACAUCUCAGGAUGGAGAUGGAUUUCUGCUCCCUAUUGCCUUUGCUGUUGUUCCUCCAGGUGAGAGGUUGGAUGAUUGGUCCUGGUUUCUUAGCCUUUUACGUUUUCAUGUCACACAUAGGCAUGGUAUUUGUCUAAUAUCCGAUCGUCAUCGAAGCAUCAUAAGGGCGGUGAAAGACCACGGAGGGUGGCAGCCUCCAUAUGCUUAUCAUGUAUUUUGUCUACGUCACAUCGGAAGCAACUUCAAUACCCGUUUUAGGAAUGUGGAAUUGAAGAAAACGUUGAUGAAAUUAGGGUACACAUGUUCAAAGAUAAAUUUCGACAUUAGGUACAAGGAAUUUAUCGAGAACAAUCCUGAAGUUGCUUCAUGGUUGGAUGCGAUUCCGAAAGAGCAAUGGUGCAGGUCGUAUGAUGAGACAGGACGUAGGUUUGGUCAUAUGACAACUAACCUAUCUGAGUGUGUGAAUAAGGUGCUUCGUGGAGCACGAAAUCUGCCUAUAUCUGCAUUGGUCAAGAUGACAUUCAGUAGACUCGUUGAGUAUUUCGUCAAGAGACGUGAAGGGAUUGAAAAAGAUAUCUCACAAGGUUGGAUAAUUUCAAAGAAGGUUGAGGCAGCGUUGCAAAAAAAUGAUGAAUUGGCUGGCACUUAUCGUGUGAGGAUAUAUGAUAGUGACCUGUUAUUGUUUGAGGUUGAGGAUGCCUACAAUCAAUCUACACACGAGGUCGGUGACAUCAUGAGAGUGGACUUAAUCAAUCGUACAUGUCAGUGUGGUAGGUUUACAGCAAGGAGGUAUCCCUGCAGUCAUGUAUUAGCAGUUUGCAAGGUACAAGAUAGAAUGUGA